UCCAUCUCGGGCGUACGCACCGCAGGGAGCUCGGCGAUUUCUCCCGUUGUCCCCGUCCUCGUCGUCGUCGUCGUCGUAGGCGUCGAUUCUCCGCUCGGGCGCAGUCCCUCGUCGCAGGACUGUCGUCGACAAAUAUGCGGAAAGUGUGGCCGAAGGGUGUCUGAAGAUGCAGCCUCGCGCGGCCCCUUCGUGCGGGACGGAAAUCGAGUCGCGUCCUCGUCCUCCACGCGCCGCUCCACGCUGCCGCCGUCACCGUCGUCGCCCUGACGUCGUCGGGACGCCGCUACCGCUCGCUGGCCUGCAAAUCGGUCCCCCGGGACCGGCCGCCGCCGCGGGAUGCUCGCGGAAAUGAUCCGGCUCUCCUACCAGCACAGGGCGUUCUACUGCUACGUGAUUCUGAGCGUGUGGAUCUUCCUGCUGGUCGCUGGUAUGUACAAGUAUAUCGGCGUAGAUGAGAAAACCUCGGUGCAGACGAGAGUCCCGAGCAAUGACUUGUCGCUACGGGAGUUCCCGAGGAACUUGAAAUCGGACGCGAAGACGAAGAAGAUCUUUCGUUUCUGCAACUUGCCGCACGAGAUCGCCGCGGACACCGAAGGAAAGCUCGACGGCAACUUGACGCUGAGCGGCAUCCUGAUCUUCAUCCGCCACGGCGACCGGGGUCCGCUCACGCACAUACGUAACAUCAGCAGCAUCAAUUGCGGCGCCAGCGAGCUCGCCGCCGGGACCGACCUCGAGACCGUCUACGAGAACUACGUGAGCUUCGUGCAGAACGCGUCGAGCUACUCGCGGGCGGCCUGGGCCCAGUUCCUGGGCCCGUUCCACGGCCUCCCCGUGCUGCCGGCAAACGCGCGCGACUGCAGGAUCGGCCAGCUCACCACCCUCGGCGUCCUGCAGCUGCUCAAGACCGGGGUCGCGCUGAGGAACGCGUACUAUCACCGGCUCAACCUCGGCAACGGCACGUCCUACGGCAAGGACGUGAUCGUGUACAGCACCUCCUACCGCAGGACCGUGCAGAGCGCGGUCGCGCUCCUCUACGCGCUGCUCUUCGAGAACGACGGCCUCCAGGCUCUGGCGAGGAUCAGCCUGCAGGAGAGCCAGAGCUACGCGUUCUGCGGUAACGAGUGCGCCUGUCCCGCCGCCGAGAAGUUCCUCAAGCAGCACUUGAAGGAGACCUCGAAUCACCUGAAAUCCCACCCGGCCGUCGGGGAGCUGAUCAAGCAGGCGGCGAGCGCGGUGUUCCAGCUGCCGGACCAGGCGCAGACGUGCGACCCGAACACGCUGAGGGACGCGCUGCUGACGUACGUGUGCCACGGCGCCUCGCUGCCCUGCGCCGACCUCGACACGCAGCGCACGUGCGUCAAGAGCGACCACGUUACCGGGCUAUUCGCCUACACGGACUGGGAGUCGAAGCAGGUGGCCAAGAGCAGCAGCCGCAACAAGUACGGGCUGCUGAAGGCGUACGGGAUGCUGCGCGGCAUCGUCACCUUCAUGCUGCGCAUCAUCUCCGAGGCCAGGCCCAAGAUCGUCCUCUAUUCCGGCCACGACAAGACCCUGGAGUACCUCGCUACCGCCCUCGGCAUAGUCUCGGACGUCGCGACCCACUACGCCUCGCGGCUCGUCAUCGAGGUCUACAAGAUCAAUUCGCGGAACGACAACCGCCUCGCCAGCGACUUCUACUUCCGCGUCGUCGCCAACGGCCGGGACCUCACGCCGAGGGUCCCGUUCUGCAAGAACGCCAACACCUACGUCAGCGACGACGGGGAGCCGACGAUGGGCAAGAGGGGCGUCAAGCUCUGCCCGAUCGAGAACAUCGUCAGGCAGCUGCACGACGACUAUUUCGUGCCGUUCAACGCGACGAACUUUAAGGACGCAUGCUCGAGUCACAAGAUUCGCUAAAAUUAACGGGCGUUCCCCAGCUCGCGAAACAUGAUCGACCCCGUAGUAAAAUAGGCGAGUUAAAAGGAAUGAGAGACCGAGGAAAAAAGAGAGAGAGCGCGAGACUCGUCUUCGGUAAUAGUGAAUACCUUAUUCUCGAAAUUAGAAACUUCAAGACUUUAGCACUUUUUUAGAGAUCCUCUUCUAUCUCUUUUUAUCCGGAAUAUAAUAGCCGUUUAACCACUCUCUCUAUUCGUAGAUAUUAAAUACAAAGUAAGGGAAAAGUCGCUUUAACACUAAUUUUAGGCGAGGUGCUAUAACAUUCUCUUUAAAAGUGUGGCAAACGGCUUCGUCCUCUAGAACAAAAAAUAGAUAAAAAACGAAGAAGAGUGGAGAAGCACUUGUACAGGACACGUAAAGCCAGUCUCUCGCCAUAGAGAUCACAAGUUUAUGGCUUCACAGGGACGCCAAGUAUUCUUACCAAUUCUUUUUAAUUCACCUAUUUUCUCGAAUGACAGGUAGAUAUAUCGAGUGGAUCUCGAACGAGUUUCCACCUAGCACUAUGCAUUAUAGAUAAAUAAGCCGAUGUGAAAGUAAUUAAUAACAUUAACGUUCGAAGUACGUCUGAGAGGAGCUGAUCCUCCAAUUUUCUUAACGAAUUCCUCUUACGCGGCGUAAGCCACUUAAAACGCAACUUUCCUACAACUAACAAGAAAGUAUUUCGAUUCUGCCGCGAAUAAUCAGAUUAUACAUGUAAGAUUGUUCUCCUUUGACAUCCGAGACAAGCUCAGUUUUAAAUUGUUUUUUACAUCUCGCCGUAUCGACGCACAGUUUAACGAAAUUUAAGAUUGUCCGAACUCGAUGACAAACGAGGAAAAAAAAAAGAGUACGUAAGUUGCCAUCUUAGCAAGGAACAAGCCUUAUCGUCAUAGAUAUAUACCUAAAACUUUAAUGUAUCUUUAGAUAAAUUUAGAGAAACGAUAGCGCUAAUGAGAACCGAUUAGUCGAUUAUUAUAUAUUUUAUCAUACACUCUACUGUAUAUAUGUAAAUAUAUAUGUAUAUAUAGUGCUUUAGAAAAAUAUAUAUAAUACUAAGAAACGCGUAGUCAUAUUCCUUCCUCGACUAAUUAAUACACACAGUAGAAUUGAUUGAUAAAACGAAAGUGAAACGAGAUUGAUCGAGCUUUAAAAACUCGGAGUAUUUGACGGAGUGUCUCUGUCUCGAGUGGUUUUCGUAUAUUUAACGAAAGUUAGAUAUAUUAAAAAAAUUGAUUCUUUAUUACAGGAGCAUCGGGAAAACGACAUGCAACUUGCGAUAUAUAAAAAGCUUAUUAUAAUCCAUUGGUAAAUAAAUAAUGAACGCGUUUUACGGCGUACAAGGCACGCAGGUUUACAUAUUUAUAUACCUACAAUAUAUCUAUAUAACUUACACAAUAACAAUAUGUCGCAAAUAAAAGCAACGUCUGGCCGGCUCCAAGCCGAGCAUUAUUACCGCAGAAAUUGCUUUUACUUCGCUUAACGUUCGAUAAAAGCCUCUCAUGUGUCUUACAACGCUAAAACCUACUUUACAUGCACACAUCCUUCUUGCUAUUAAUAACGUCUCAUUAUUCAUGUUUCUCGCAGUACACAGGUGACACUUCGAGAUUGCAUCACCAAGAUCAAUAGGAGAAAGACAACAUCAAUCAAAGUCUAGCACGAAAACGGUAAUGAGUUACAAAUAUAUAUAAAAAAAACCGGCAGUCUAUUACAGAGUCCGUAUAAAUGCCCAGUUUCAAUUAUUUCCGGUCGAGCUGACGAAAUUUACAUUUUUUUUCCAACCAAUUGCUUAAUGAUUAAUUAGGGCGAUGCAAAUCGUGCAGCCGAACGGAAAUAGAAAUCCCAUGCAGAUCGAUCGACGACGAUUGCCAUUUAGUCGCAAAAUACAGAACGCGUUUAUCAAAAAUGAAAAAUGCAGUAAAGUAGGAUCGAACAAUCUCAUAUUGCGAGGACCCAACGACUUGAAAAACGCAAGCGUAUCAAGUGCAACGUGUGAAUAAGCGGGUUUAAAUUUCCGAGGAUUUUCAAUAGAACGAAAAACCGGUAAUUAAAUUUCAUUAUUCGACAAAGACUUUAAGAUGUCCAAAUCUACAUAUUCAAAGGUGCAAAAUUAAUUACGUUUCAAAACAUUUACUUGUCCUAAAAUCUAAACAAAAAAAUUCGAAAAUCGCGAAGUCGUUAAUGAAGCAUUUUAAAAAACGCGAACUGUAUGGUAUACUACUUGAACAGGAUAUUCGUAAUGUCAACACUGUACAGCUAAACCUCUACAUAUUUUAAAAAUAUACAUAUAAUGUUAUUCUGAGA